GCGCUGGUGUCCCGGGUGGAGGAGGAGCUGCAGGAGCAGCAGCAGAAGCUGGCCAGGCUGAGGCGCUUCCAGGGGCAGGUGAAGCAGCGGGUGAACCAGCAGGUCCAGCUGAGGAGGAAGCAGCAGCUGCAGAAGUCCUAUGAAGCAGCAGAGCGGGAGAGCUCCGUGGCCACGCAGCACUUGCCCCCCAGGAGGAACAUUUGCCUCUUCAGGAGCCACCAGCAGCCCGUCAUCGGUGGCCCUGGUGCUGGAGGUGGCCCAGCCUGGUGGGAUGGGACCCAAACCCAGCCCUUCCAGCAGCAGGCUGCUGAGCUCAGGAGAGCCAUGAGGCAGGUCCGACGGAGGCUGGCGUCCUGCAGGACUGUGCCCCAAGGAUCAGGUCCCCCCGAGCUCCCUGGUGGCAUCUGGAGGCUGGAGAAACCAGAGUCCUGCCCAACAGCCACGGUGCCCACGGGGGAUGAGAGUGAGGAGCUGCUCCUGGUGGGACAUCAUGACCUUCCAGCUGAACUGCAGGGCCAGGGGACAGCCCCACCUCAGGCUGAGCUGGACAAUGACUUCUACAUCAAAAUCAAGUUUGGAAAGAUCUGUGAUGCAUCAGUGAAGGACUCAAGCUCCCCCGAGCCUGCCCAGAAGCCCCAGACCCACUCCCAGGCUCUCCUCAUGCCUUGGGAUGGUGUAGACCAAGAGGAGACCAAGAAGCAGCGUCAGCGUGAGUACCUGCGGCACCGGCGCCUCUUCAUGAGCCUGGAGCGAGAGCAGGUGAAGGAGCAGCAGAAGCAGAAGGAGAGGCAGGAGAGGAUCACCCAGAUUAAGAGCAAGAAGGAGAACCAGCGGCAGGCAGAGGAGCAGAGGAUGCAGAGGACCAACCAACGAGGCCCUUCCCCAGGUGAGGGAGCUCCUGAACCCCUCACCCAGCUUGAACUGGAGGAGAAGAGAGUCAAGAAGGUGAAGGACAAACAGCAGCGAAAUAAGGAGCACGUGAGGUACGUUGAGGCUCUGAGGGCCCAGCUGAGGGAGAAGAUGAAGCUCCAGAACAUCACCUUGCCCCAGCUGUGCUGCUGUGGGACCGAGUUCUGGGACUCCCACCCCGACACCUGCGCCAACAACUGUGUCUUCUACAAAAACCCCAAAGCCUACAGCCGUGCCCUGAGGUCCCUCCUCUCCUCCUGUGGCCCCACGGGUGGGGGCUCCUCGGGCCGGGCUCCUCUGGAGGAGCUGGCUGCUCUCUGUGCCCCCCGCUGA